UUUAUUUUGACAGACUAAAAAAGUGAUUGGAGGUCCCAAGUAGGCUCUGUAACAAGUCUAGACGCUGUUUCAAUAUUUCUUUUUAUGUUUAAGCUUUCUUGUCUCUGACCCUGUUGUUGUCUGUGUAAAAAACCCAAAAUAUUCUUCAUUUUUACUACUUUUUUAGUGACUGCAUAAAGAAGUAAAAGUUCGAACAAAUUAUGGCUUUGAAAUAGUUUUGUGCUUGACCUUUUCAUGUCAAGUUGUUGAUUCAAUAUGUUGUGGGGUUCAUGCAAUGUUUGAAGUAUAUGCUGUUCUGCAAUUCUGCUACAGGAACUAUUAUUAUAUCUUCAUGAUUAUGGAACUAUGGCUUAAAUUUUUGCGCAAUGCUAUAAAUUUCUGGUACCCUAAUCCAUUAUCCCUUUCAUGGAUUAAAAUUAGUGAGAAAGUUGUUAAUGGUACGCAUGUAUCAAGUUCAACGAGUACGUGAUGGGAAACAUUGUAUUCACAUUACUAUCUCCAUUUCAGAAAGAAGAAGGGUUUGAACACCAGAGAUGCUUCCAUCGAUGGAAGAGACGUCUCACGGAUCCACAUCUUCCAAGGACUUAUGGGAACAAGGUGGCCACUACAAAUUUCAUCCCUUGGCCCAUUGAGAUACAGUUUUGUGAGCCCAAUGCUUCAACCAAUCAGACUAAAUCUCCCCCAAGAUGUGUAGUGGCAUAUACUUCUGAUCUGAUAUUUCUUCAAGUAAGUAUGAAUCCCCACCAUAGGAAGAAUUUGAAGACAAGUGCUGUUAGUCUGGACCACUGGAUGCACUUUCACUGGCCUCUAAGAGCUGAUGACUGCCUAUUAUUUGUGGUAUGUGCCAUCAAGUGUUUAGUUCUCAUAUUUAGUUUUGUUUGGAUGCUUGUGCUUGCAAGUUUGUUUUGGCUUUUUCCCCAGAUAAACAGUCCCGCUGCCUACAAUGCACGUGGUUUUGAUUCUGCUAAAAUUUUCAAUAGAAAGAGAGAGCAUGUUGCAUCGGCAACUCAAGAGGGCCUAAUUAGGGUGAUUAAAAAUCCAAUUCCACCUGUGACGUCAAAGCUGUGAACUGGUUGAUGCUAGGUCAUGUCAAUGGAGUAUUAUGCUGAACUUUUGGUUAUCAAUCAGGUUUAUGUGCCAAGAUCCACCCCCCCCCCCCAACUCCCCCUCUCUCUAUUUUCCUUUUAUGUUAAAUAUUCAAUAAUGAUUUGUGCAAUUGUAACAAAAAUGAAAAAGGGUGAAAGUUAAUUAUUCUGACUAUGUAGCAUUUAAGAUUUGC